AUGCGUGUUUCCGCCACCCUCACUGCCAGCGCCCUCGCUGUGGGCGUCUCGGCCAAGAACUACCUCGGCUUCAACUCCGGUGCCACUCUGGCUGAUCGAUCUGCCAAGUUCAAGGCCGACUUCAAGGCCGAGUUUGAGACUGCCCAGAACCUCAAGAAUGCCCCCGGCGACUUCAACGCUGUUCGCCUGUACACCAACAUCCAGGCCUACUCCACCAACGACCCCAUCCAGGCCUUCGAGGCUGCCAUGGAGACCGAUACCUCUAUCCUUCUUGGUGUCUGGUGCUCUGGUACUGACAACAUCGACGAUGAGAUCGCUGCUCUGAAGACUGCCAUCUCCAGCUAUGGCUCCUCCUUCACUGAUCUCAUCAUCGGUGUCUCCAUCGGUAGCGAGGAUCUGUACCGCAACUCCAAGACUGGUGUUGAGAAUGAGUCCGGCAUCGGCGCCGACCCCGAUGUCCUCGUCGGCUUCAUCAAGGACUUCAAGAAGGCCUUUGCUAACAGCGCCAUCGCGAACGUGCCUAUCGGUCACGUCGACACAUGGGAUGUCUGGCCCAACUCCACCAACGCGGCUGUCAUUGACGCCGUCGAUUUCGUCGGUGUUGACGAGUACCCCUACUACGAGAACGACAAGGGCAACACCAUCGACAACGCUGGCGCGCUCUUCGACAAGGCUUAUGAUGCCACUGUCGCUGCUGUCAAGGGCAAGCCCGUUUGGGUUACCGAGACUGGAUGGCCCUACAGCGGCAAGACUUGGGACGAGGCCGUUCCCAGCGUCGCCAACGCCCAGCAGUACUGGCAGGACGUCGGUUGCGACCGUCUCUUCAACAAGGUCCCCACCUUCUGGUACAACCUCCGUGACUCCAACCCCGACAACACCAUGAAGUUCGCCAUCACCAACAACCUGUCCACCACUCCCCGCUUCGACCUGACCUGCCCUAAGAAGAGCGAGACCAGCACUUCCAAGGCCUCAACCAAGACCAAGACCAGCGACAGCUCCAAGUCCACCGACUCUGGUUCCAAGUCUACCGACUCCGAGGCCUCUGACUCUACUGAGACCAGCGGCUUCUCCAAGCCCACUGGUUCCGACUCUACUGCCACUGCGACCGGAGAUGCCUCGGCCACCGCUACCGGAUCUUCUGGCUCCGGUUCCUCCGGCUCUGGCUCCGGCUCCUCUGCGUCUGGCUCCGACUCCAGCUCCAGCACCGAGACCUCCGGAUCUUCGACCACUCCCAGCACUAUCGACUCUGACGGGACGGGAUUAACUGCUAAGCCGUGA